CGUAAUCAACAUCGACUCUAGAUUGCACCAUUCAUCCUAAGCCCUUAUCUCACUAUCUGUUUCCAAGAUGAGUGUCACGAUCGGCAAGAUCAACCGAAAUGUCUUGAUGGAGUACUCCGUGAUGGAUGGACUGGAGGCAACGGUUCGACUACAAAAGGAAAUACCUUGGCAUAGUGGUGUAAAGCUUCCCGAUGGACACGAAGUCUCAUGCUACAACGUGGACAUAUUGAUCAUGCUAGUCAGGCUGCUCCUAAGCUUAGGAUUCGUUCCGGAAGACGGGAAAAGAAACUACGGUGCCAUAAUCGCAGCCUGUCAUAGCUUCGGUAAGAGCAGGGAGGACGAUUACGAAGCAAAGGGCAGAUUUGUGACCAAUCUGUUCCCGAGAGAAAGUGACCACCCGAAAAUGUUGUCCAAGCUAACUAUGCAUGAAAUAUUUGAACGCCCCGAGGUUAAGAGGUUCAUAUUCAAUAACGUUUCCUUCGUCCUGGUCAACAGGGUGGAGUACACCGUGGACGCAAACUGCAUGGAAAUUCGAGAUGCCAGCAUCGUCGCCCACGACCUAGAUUCCAAUAACGUCUACUGGGAUGGCGCGUCUGAUCUCGGCGAAGCUGUGAGCAGACAAGCCGGCGCGCAGGCGCACGACCCAGACGAUCCGAACCUUGUGCGAUACAGGUUUUCCGGGAGGCCGAAACUUAUCCGCGUCACAUACACCCCCGAGGCAGACAAAGCCCCGGGGUUUGAGCAGACGCAUGGCGGUAGUAAGACAGUAAAUGGGAACGACACGUACGCACUACGCGUGGUGGUCAAGGCGACAUCCCCGGAGGGUUCGGGCGGCAGAGACGAAGCUUCGAACGACAUUCGCAUUUACGCUGCCGUGGGGGAAGACAUAGAGACAAAUACGGUCUGGGAUCCGGAGAUAAGCUACGAAGAGGAGAAAAGAAAUCGCAGGCAGGUGGAGCCGUGGAAUCUGGGUCAGAAAGGAUACCAAUAUACCUUGAUCUACAGCAGUAUGAUCGACCCGGGAGCCGACGCCGAUGCAAAGGCCCUUACUCCGCCUCCGCCUUCCCAAACUAGCCGCGAAGUCAGAGAUACGACGCCAGACCAUGAUUUCUAUCACCCCCAGAUAUACGAGGACACGCUGGAUGGGCUAAGCUCCGAGGCGCGUAGAAGUCCCUGGAGAAACAUGGGUACGCCGACGGCUGAAGAGCGCGGCGGCUUCGCGUCACCGUCUGGGCACGGACAUACUGCAGGAGAACGAUCCCCAUGGGGAUUAUCCCCAGGGGAAGUACCCCAAGGAGACCAGCUGCGCAGGGUGGAACCCUCCCGUCACGGUACCGAGCAGGCGUCGGGCUCACACGAAGCUUACGGCCGGCCUAUCCUAGCCGGCAUGUCCGAUCGGCAUGGGACGAGACCAGGAGCCGAUUAUAGCAGCGCUAUCCACCAUCAGCCGGUAUAUUAUGCGCAGGAUAGCCGUCGAAGCUACAAUCAGGACGGCCGCACAAACGACGGUCGAGAUGAGGGCGAGCAGAGGAGGGAGCCACCUCGGGAACCACCUCAGGAGCCCAUGGCAGACAGACUACGGGGAGAUGCUUCGCGCCGACGGGGAAACAAUCCGCACUGGCGAAAAUAUUAUCUUCAACAGCCGUACCAACAGUAUAGAGGAGGGCAUAGAUGAUAGUAAAAGUCUGCGUGUCACGGUAC